AAGCGGAGAUGUCUCGGAGGAUAUCCUUUAAUCCUUUUUGACCUGUCAAUCUUUGCCAGUGGGGACAGGUCAAAUUUCGUGUUUCCUGCUGUGAAAACGAAAUACCGUAAGAACGCCCCUGGAUUGCAGCUGUCUGUUACAAAUAGAGCUAAAAUCGGUCGCGAUUAUGGCUAAUAAACUUUUCCCUCUCGUAUUUGUUUACAUGGCACUCUGUUGUUUGGCAGAAAACAACGAAAGGAAUCCUCCAAAAAUAGUUACUAAAGAUGGCAGCCUGGUUUUAAAAGCUGGUGAAGAAGGUGAUAUCAUUUUUGAACCAGGUCAGGGAAAACAAGUCUUCAUUGGGAAAAAUGCACUGAAUAUGUCUGGAGUCUCUGAUGCUAAAGGAGAGAAAGGGGAUCAAGGAGGUCAAGGACCUGCAGGUGGUAAAGGAGAAAAAGGAGAAACAGGGCCACCAGGACAAACAACAUUUAUGAAUGGAACUGCAAACAUGACUGGGCUUCCUGGACAAAAAGGAGAACAGGGAGACCAGGGAAUAAAAGGCGAGACAGGAAAUCCAGGUCUGAAUGGGACCAAAGGGCAGAAAGGUGAACCAGGCAUUCAAGGAGUACCAGGGAAGAAUGGGUCUGAUGGGAUUCAGGGUCCUACUGGUGCAAAAGGAACAAAAGGAGAACCUGGACAGCAAGGCCCACCAGGGUCAUUAUUGAACAGCUCGAAUCAGACCACUUUGAGAUGUGAAAAUGCAAGUGAUCAUGGCUCAGUUAGGUUUAUAUCAGGAUUUCUUCAGGUUUGCACUAAACUAGGCUGGCAGAAGCUGGUAUAUCAGGGAGGUGUGUGUGAAGGGCUGAAUGUACCACGGAUAAACCAUGAAGCUUUUAAAAGCUCAACAUUUGGCCUGCUGUUACAGUUUAAUGGAAAUCUGGAUGUAAAUCUCAGUCCUAACACAACCUUAAAUAAUAUCACUACAGAGUACCUAGGUAAUGCUGGAGGGCAAAACAUCACUCAAUAUAUCACCAGUGUAAUGGGUCAAGCAGUAUGGCUCAAAGGCCUGGAAUACAUCAAUUUACAUGGCAUCCCAGUGGAUUUCUGGAGUGGUGAUGAAUGGUCUGUUAUGGCCUUACUUAGGUCUCACGAUGAUGGCAUUCUAGGAAUUAACAAAGAGGUUCUUGUACUUGGAGAUGGAGAAGCAGCAAAAAAUAAGGGCUUUCACCUCGGAUUGAAAAACAAGAAUGUUGUGUUUGGAUUCUAUACAAAUGACCUUAUGGGAAAAGAUGCACUUGAAUAUGGAAGAUGGUACCACAUCACAUGGACUUGGACUAAAGCUAAUGGAAUGCGAAAAAUAUUUGUCAAUGGUAAAAAAGACAACUCUGUGGAAGGGGGAAGUUCCUAUGAUGGAAUGAGUGGAAAAACUCAAAUUGGAACAUGGUGGAGUGGAAAUAAUGGAUUGAAAACCAAUGUAGAGAUUGACAAUCUCUAUAUAAUUGACAAAGCAAUUCAGUACUCUCCUACAGACCAGCAGCUGUGUUAUGCAAGGGCAAUCAACUUGAACACGCCGUAGAACUCUGAAUGCCAAAUAGCAUCAAAGACAAAAGGUGUAAGAAAAAAUUAGUGAGUUCAGUCAUCACUUUUCCACAACAUAGGCAAGAUCAAUGCUUCUCCUUUCCUUUUAUCAGAUGAUUUGUUUUUUAAAAGACAUUUCCAUCAGUUCUUUAUCAUUGGUUUUCAUACAUUCAACCACCUUUUAUUUGCCAUAGUCCAAAAUCUUCUGGUGCAUUGUACGCAAAUUGUAUACUUGGUAUUCGUGACUUUCCUUCUUCUUUAUAAAGAUUGCCAUCUAUCAUUUUCUGAUUGAUCAUUAAGAUACUGUGCAGUCAUUGAGCCAUGUAAAAAUGAAUCCUCAGAAAGGGAUAGAAGACUUUUUUAUGUGAAAGAGCAGUAGUAACACAAUACCAACUGUGCUUUUCCUUCACUUGAUUUCCAGUUGAGCCCAUUGUCAAUCCUUUGUCGAGUCAUUUGUGAAGAUGCAUGCCUCUCCCUCCUGGCCUCUUUUUAAUCUAUUACAAUCUCAAUUGGCUGGACAGGUCAGCUAAACAAGCUGUCCCCAAUUGCUUUCUUCUUUCACUUCAUGAUGUUAAGCAUCAGUAGAUUGGCCCUUCAUCCAUGUCAUCAUCAUCCAUAAAGGCAUCUUCAUCAUCAUCAAAGUGUGACACCAAGUAAUCAUUUUCCUGCAAGAUUUAGAAAAUGUAAAACCCAGCCAGUCAGUGGUAUCUACUUGAGAUAUGGCUCAGUAUGUUUUAUUAAAGGGGUGUGUACUACACUUCUUUGAGAAGUGAACUCUUCAGGCAGAUAUUUAGUUUUGUUCAAGCUUGCAUCAGCUAUUGCUUGGCAAAGUGUGUUCAUUAAGCAUUUAAAUCAGAGAAUUCUACACCCUCUAUUAGUAAGUAGAACCAUCAGACUAAAUUUCAAUGGCCUAAGCUAUGUUUUAUUCAGAUGUGGAA